AUGACCAGCUUUGAAGAGACAGCCCUGACUACAUCCCCUUUCCAACCACUCUGCUGGUACAGAAAGGUGGAUGACACCUUCACCAUCCUGGAUCCCGACCACGAUCCUGCCAUCCUCCUCGACCAUCUCAACAAGCAGCACCUGCGCAUCCAGUUAACGAUGGAGAUAGAAGACCAACAGAAACUUCCGUUCCUAGACGUGCACUUGCAGAACUCCUCCAACAACAUCACCUUUUCCGUCUACAGAAAACCCACCCACACUGACAAGUAUAUACAUUACCUCUCCAACCAACACCCCCAGAUCAAACGCGCCAUUUUAUCAACCCUAACCAGACGAUCUAAAUCCAUCUGCGACCCUGAACAUCUCCAAGCUGAAACAGUUCUUCUAAGAACCACAUUCAUCAACCUCAACGGCUAUCCCAAACGUCUUGUAGACAGAACCAUAGCAUCGACCCUCCAACAGAAAGAUGAACGCCAACCCAAACCUGAGCCAUCCCCGAUUAGAAUAAACAUUCCCUACCAAGGUCAGAUCAGCCACCACAUCAGCCGACUGCUCAAGAAAACUGCCGGUAUAGAUGUGACCUUCAGCUCUAACAAAACACUAAGAACCAUUUUGAAGGCCAAUGGUAGAUGUACCUCAACCAACAUCCCUCAGAAGCCCAGGGGUUGCAUGUACAAACUAACGUGUGACUGUGGCAGCAGCUAUGUAGGAGAGACAUCCCGCCCCAUUGGCAUUAGGCUCAAAGAGCACAAAACGUCGGUAGAGAAAUCACAUCUAAAGUCAGCCCUUUCUGAACACAUUGUGAACAAUCCAUCACACUCCAUUGACUGGCAAGCUACAACCAUCAUAACAUCGAACAUCCGUGACUGGCGACGACGCAAGAUUUCAGGGUCUAUCUGCAUCAAAAGAUUAGCGCCACAGAUGAACAGAGAUCAAGGAGUUUACCAACCCAAUGCCUGGGAAAUUAACUAG